UUUCGCACAGACUUUGAUGACGGAGCGCACGAACGCCCAGGCAGAGCGCGUGUAGUGAGGUCGUAGGCGCCAUUUUGUGCGCGCUUUUCAUCGAGUGAGGAGGCAGCUACUCGCUCUCCCGUCAAUCCGCCGCCGCGCUUCACUGUUCAUCAGGGCCCAUCCCUCUCUUUGUUUCUCUCUUUGUCUGUUCCCACCCCAGCUUUUCACCCUGGCGAUGGCAGAGUAUAUCCGUGUGGCGGAGGAGGAGUCGGAAGAACCGAUGGAGAUCCCGAGCGAGGACGACGGCACGGUGCUGCUGUCCACGGUGACGGCGCAGUUCCCGGGCGCCUGCGGCCUGCGCUACCGUAAUCCCGAUAACCAGUGCAUGCGAGGCGUGCGCCUGGUGGAAGGCAUCUUGCACGCCCCGGACAAUGGCUGGGGGAACCUGAUCUAUGUGGUUAACUACCCGAAAGAUAACAAAAGGAAAAUGGAUGAAAUUGAUGCGUCUUCAGCUGUGAAAGUGAAGAGAGCAGUCCAGAAAACAUCAGACCUCAUUGUUCUUGGACUUCCCUGGAAGACAACUGAACAGGACUUGAAGGAUUAUUUCAGUACUUUUGGAGAAGUGAUUAUGGUGCAGGUAAAGAGGGACACUAAGACAGGGAAUUCUAAAGGCUUUGGGUUUGUCAGAUUCACAGAAUAUGAAACACAAGUGAAAGUGAUGUCACAACGGCACAUGAUUGAUGGACGCUGGUGUGACUGUAAACUGCCUAAUUCCAAGCAAAAUGCAGAUGAGCCUUUGAGAAGCAGAAAGGUGUUUGUGGGUCGCUGCACUGAGGACAUGAGUGCUGAUGAGCUUCGUCAGUUCUUUUCCCAGUUUGGUGAUGUGACUGAUGUGUUUAUCCCAAAACCAUUCCGCGCUUUUGCUUUUGUCACAUUUGCUGAUGACCAGGUUGCCCAAUCUCUCUGUGGUGAAGAUCUGAUCAUUAAGGGGGUCAGCGUGCACAUUUCCAAUGCAGAGCCUAAGCAUUUGAAUGCUAGACAGCAGCUAGAUAGAGGACGAUACAGUAUCAACACAGCAGGCUUUGGCAAUCAGGGUGGGUUUGGUAACAGCAGAGGUGGUGGGGGAGGAUUAGGUGGCAGUCCAAACAGUAAUAUGAGUGGAGGUGGAAUGAAUUUUGGGGCUUUUAGCAUCAACCCAGCAAUGAUGGCUGCAGCCCAAGCAGCCUUACAAAGCAGUUGGGGAAUGAUGGGAAUGCUUGCCAGUCAGCAGAACCAAUCUGGUGCGGGAGGGGCAAACCCACAACCAAAUCAGGGAAACGUACCAAGGGAGCAGAACCAGCCAUUUGGAACCAACAAUAAUUCAUACAGCUCAAAUUCUGGUGCGUUAGGGUGGGGAUCAGCAUCCAACUCGGGUGGUCCUGGAUUUGGCUCUGGUUUUGGAUCUAGCAUGGAGUCCAAAUCAUCAGGGUGGGGAAUGUAAAAUGAGUUCUGGUGUUUAGCAAAUGAGCAGACAGGAGUUUAGAAUUCUAAUAAUGGUAAGUAAAAUAGUUUUUCCAUGGCAUUUUUUUCUUGCUGCAUAAUUGAAAAUUUUUUUAAACGUGGUUGUGUUUCGUGAUGUCGUUCAAGACACUGACAGUAAGGUGAAUUUUGAAAGCGACUGUAUUGAGGAAUGGAACUUGCAAUAGGUGCUCUCCCUGGCUCAUUGCAGUAUGCAAAUCUUGUCUUGAGUUUAAAUCUUUAAUAUGCUUUAUAAUCUGUGUGCACAUUGUUAUUCCUUCUCCGCAUGUUCCGGGAUUCUUAGUAAAGUAAGACACAUUGAAUCGAACAAUGUGGGUAACUUCAGAUUUUUCAUCACUGCAUUAUGAUGCAAUGGUUUCAAUUAUAAAUUGCCAGCAUGUUCUUAAGUCAGAUGCAACUUAAGCUCAAAUGCAUGAGAAUAUUUCUACUUUAUCUUCAUAUAGUAAACGCUGCAUUCUUAAAAGUUACCUUUUCACUGAGUAAACUAGAUUUUCUCCUUACUGUGCAAGCUAGUUUUCUGCAAGACCAUAUCUUGUUUUCUAACCAGGUUAUAUUGUAUUUCGAAAUACUGCACAGUGAACUGAGAAAAUAUUUAGUUUUUCAAAUAAUUGUAAUAAGACCUGAUAGUAUGUAGACUAAAUAACUUCAUUGGUACCUUGUAAAUCCCAUCCUGUUAAUGACUGGUUCAUUCAGAUGCUGCACUGAGUAUAAUUAUUCUAAAAUUGAUCAGCUUAAUAUUGUUCUUUAUCAUUACUUCUGAAUGCUGCUAAAGACUAGCGUUCAGUCUCUGGCACUUUCUGGCUUUUUUUUCCCUGUUCUGGCCUGAAGUAAUUUAAAACCACCUCAUUUAUCUACAUAGUACAGUGAAGCAGAGAGGUCGAGGUUAAGACAUUCCAUGAAAUAUUGUUAGGAACUAGACUUGUGUGACCCUUUUCAGAAUUUUGCAACUGUUUAUUGUGCUUUUUUUCCAUUAUGGAGCUAUUUUGUUUUUCAUCAUUCCAUAUUUGGAAUGGAACUCAUGCUAUCUAAGACACAUUUCUGGCACAGUAAAAGGACUAAGGGAAUUUGCCUGUUUGUUUGUUUAGAAUAGCAAUUUUUGACCCUUAAAGCUUACAAGUAGUUGAACCUUUGUCUGAGACUCCUGGUUUACCUUCCAGUUUGGAGGAUUUGGUUAUUAUCUUCUUAUUUCACUUGCCUGUACUGUUUUUAUUCUGUACUUCACAAUGAUGAAAGUACCACUUCCAGGAUACCUUUUUUUUAUUCCUGAUAUGAUAAGAAGGAGCAUUCCAUUUAGAGUAAAAUAUUACUCUGCUUGACUGUAAAUCUCUUGAUCUGUCUUACAUAUUUAGUAUCAUAAACUUAAUAGCUAUCUUAAAUAGAUAAUAAAAAACAUUCUUUGCCUAGUAACAUGAAUGGUUAUGGCCAAAUGUUUUUUGAUUUAAUCAUCUCUAAUAUGAUCAUUUAGAUUGAGAUUUACUGAUUGCAUCUAUCAAAUACCAACAAGCUCCAUUUGCAAUAUGAAAGCAGUAUGAAAAACCUGAAAAUACCCUAGUUGAAGAUAUCUUUAGUUAUUCUGUUGUGCUCGUUUAGUGAGCUGCUAGCAUUUCUGUCUACAUUGCCCUUUGCCCAUGAAUGCUGUUAGUUAACCACAUCAAUACCUAGCAGUGUAUCCACGUGCACUUGGUUAGGCUGUUUCAUCCACAUUCUAUCCAUCUUAAAAUUAAUGAACUACUCCCAUAUUAUAGUCCAAGUUUAUUUGAAAACACAAGCUUUCAGAGCCUCAGUCCUCUUUCAGAUGUUAGUGAGAGAGGUAGUAUCAGACACAGAAUUUAUAAGUAAAAGAUUAAAGGCUCACAAUCAUUGAGGAUGUACAAAACAAACCUAAGAUGCUGUUAAAUCUUUAAUUAGUUAGAUGAUUUUAAUUUGAUUAAUAUGUGUAUGUAAAUCCCCGAAUCCCCCUCCAGUCAAUGGUCCUGAGAGAACUACAGGUUUUCAGUGUAAAGAAGAGGUGAAGUUUUUGGUCCGAUAAUGCAUGUAAGGUGUGAGACCUUGUUUAGAAUAUGUUUUAUUUUGGAGUCAGACUAGUUUUAUUUCUAAAGUAGGAAUUUAUAAAACACCAUAUUGACUAUCCAUAAAUUGUGUGCUUUUUGAACAAAAUAAACAUAUCUGCAAAUAUAGAUUCAUCUUGCGUGAGUGAGAGAGAGGGGAAAGUGUGUGUGUUGUGGAGGGGAGUCACACACUUGUCCCCCCCCCUCUCUCUCUCAUCCACAUGUGAAUCUAUGGGGUGAAUUUAUAUUUGCUUGUUCAAGAAGCUCACUAUAUACAGUCAAUGUGGCAUUUUAUAAAUUCCUCCUUUAGAAAUAAAACCAGUCUCACUCCAAACUGAAAUAAAACUGAUUCUAAAUAAGGCCUCACAUCUAACAUGCAUUGUCUGACCUAAAAUGUCUUUUUUUUUACACUGAUAAAACCUUUAGCUCUCUCAGGACUAUGACUUGAAAAGAAUUCAGGGAUUUACAUACACAUUAAUUAAAGCCACCUAACCAAUUAAAGAUUUAAUAGCAACUUAGGUUUGUUUAGUACACACUCAUCAAUAUUGUGAACCUUCUGAUCUUUUACUUAUAAAUUCUGAUACUAUUUCACUCACUAACACCUGAAGAAGGACUGAGGCUCUUGAAAGCUUGUCUGUUUGAAAUCACCUGUUGUACUAUAACCUAGUGUCGUGUGUUUUAUGACAUUUUGUCCACCCCAGUCCAACACCAGCACCUCCACAUCAUACUCCCACAGUAUCAGCUAUGAGAAAGAUGUAUGUCAGUGAUGCCAUGACAGGUAAAUACAGCCUGACAAUGAAUUGAAAGCCGUAUUGUGGUGCAGAAACUUUUAUAUAAAUAGUUUGCAAAAUCUUUAAGAUGGUUAGAACAUACUUAAUGGUGUAUUGUGUAGAUUUUUCAAAAAAUUGAAAUAUCUUUUUAAGGAAGUGGCCUGGAUCACCAAGCAUGAACACCUGCAUACUGUAUAGAAAAUGCUUUCUGUAAACCAUCUCUCUGCAUUGCUUCAAGCUACAUGGAGUUGCAGGUUCUAUUCAAAGGGACCACGGUGGGUGUUCCAUUUUUGUCCUCUACUGUUCUUUUCAAGGAUUCGUUUAUCAGCGCUGUGAAACGAAAUGAUGUGCACAGAGCUGUGGUGACUUGAUUUGAAGCCUGGUGUGGGAUUGAUGCUUAUGGUGUUGCCAACGAAUGAGAGAGCUAGUAUGAGCGAGGAAGGAGAGAGCGCGUGCAGAGACCUGGUGGUGCAUAUUGAAUUUUUAAACAUGGCAAGAUGUGGCUCUCAAUCCCUUUGGCAUGGUGAGAGAAUGCAGAGGAGAAGUGGGAUACAGUACGAAUGGUUUUUCUUUUCUUGCGUUCACAAAGGACUGUCCGUGACUGAGGGGGGGGGAAAGGACUGUAGUGUGGUGAUAUUUGCUUGUAACUUGAGUAAUUGGAAACUGUUGGAUGUGUUCAGUGAAAUGAAUAUCUCUAGGGGUUGAAACCCAGGAACAUUUGGGCUCCACAAAUUACAAAAAUUGUGUUAAAUUUUCUUACUUGGUUUUAAGUUUCUUAAAGAUAAGAACUAAGUAUUUGAAAAGUCUGAUUUCAUAAAAGUUAUUCUAAAUCCUACUUCUGUGACUUUUUUUAGAAAAAGAACAUCGUGUCCAUAAGGAAUUGGUAACUCGAAUAAAUUGCAGGCUGAUUUAUAAAAUUGGACCGACUGAGUUUAGUUUCAACCCCUGAAUAUUUUUUGUAUCUUCCUUUCCCCUUCCCUUCCUGUUAUUUGUGUGUGCCGAAUGGUUGGUGAUGUAUUUUUGUAUUACUGAUAUGUAAGUGUGGAUAAGUGAUAUGAUGUGGAGUUAUGAAGGAACAAUAUUUUGUGGAGUGUAUUGUGGCAUUGCUGCCUGCCAGAGAUGACUUGGGUGAGCUCCGUGUCCAUCUCGAAUAAGAGUGUACGAUUGUCUGUUUUCUGUGAGUUUAUUACGAAUGCGGGGCUUAAUAAAUGAUUGCUUGAGUUUA